CAACAGACCACUCAGACCACUUUUCGUUGAUGGGGUUAUUGAUAGUCAAAUACGGUGAAUUUACUUUAUGCUAGGCUGUGGGAUCCUCCUCCCUUGGAAUGUUUUUUGUCCAGUAUUGAUUACCGCCACCUUGUUCUUCUUGUCUCGCUUGGUCGGAUCACCACUGCAGGCAUCCUUUGCCUCAUACGUGACCACCACUUCCAGCGUAUUCAAUGUAUUUGUGCUGGCACAUGCCACGGCAACUUCGAAACGGGUUGGAAUCUAAUUUCUUUCGAAUUCUAUCACGCUGACCAUCAUGUUGC